GCGUCCCUCUCGCCCCCACUUGGAAUUGAAUUCCUUGCUUUUCUCACUUGCCAUGUCAUGUGAAUCAACCAACAAGAUCAAGAAAAGCUCUGUCAGUUCCCUCUCUCUCUCUCUCUCUCUCUGUGAACAGAAACCCUCUUGACCCGAUAGUUCAGUCACAAAAUCUGCAUGUGUACGUUGCUGCUUACCGCGUCCCGAAGGCUCUUCCCCAUCCUCUAUCUUUAACGCUCAUUCAAGCCAGGCCAUCAUUAUUAAUAGACCGUGCCAGAGAGAGAGAGAGAGAGAGAGAGAGAGAGAGAGAUCCGAGCAGCCCUUUUCCAAGUUUUUCAGUUACUAGGGACCCCCCCACUGCCUUUUUAAUUAAUUCCAUACGAGUUGAUUAAUGAAAACCCAGGUCACCCUCCUCCCCUGAGUCUUCUCUCUCUCUCUAUAUAUAACGUUCCAUCCGCCCUUAGGCUCCUCCAUAUGCCCCCUCGAAUCCUAGCACAAACCCAACAGAGGAGGAGAAACAGAGAGUGUUCUUGAAAAAGCUCUCUCGAAGGAGGUCGACGCAGAGGGUGUUCGGGUUUGAAGCAAGAUCGGUUGCGAGAAGGCUUUUUGGGGAAGUGGGUAUCGGUGUAAUUGGCGUGGUGUCGUUACAGGAGAGAGAAAUGGCCAUUCAAGCGCAGCUGUAUCGUGGGAACAACGUUGCCGCUGGGUUGCCGGCGUGGGGCUCCUCUCAAGGUUAUGCUGUUGCGGCCAGCCACAAUGGUUGUGGAUACGACAAUGGCUUUUUCGGGAUGAAACAGAGGGAGCAGCAGCAAUUGCAAUUGGAGCUGUUCUUGCAGCAGCAGCUGCAGUGUCAUGACCAGAGGAGCGAUGAGAACUGGUGCUUUGACAAUACCUCGUUCGUGACUGCCCCUGAAGACGGUGCAAGCAAGAACAAUCACCUCAGCAUCCACAACACGGUUCAAGCAGCAGCACCAAUCGCUGCUUCUUGUUCUCCUCCUCCUUCUGCCUAUUCCCAGAGCCUCCCUUUCCAACUCGAUCCGCAUGGCCAAGAAAUCGACCACCUCCUCAGACUACAGAACGAGAGAUUGAGGUGGCUGGUGCACGAACAGAGCAAGCGGCAAAUCGAGUCGAUGACGAGGAAAAUCGAAUUGAGAGUGCAAAUCUUGUUAAGGCAAAAGGACGAAGAGAUUGCGCAAGCGGCAAGAAAGGCCGCAGACCUGGAGGAACUCCUGAGGAAGCUAGAGGCGGAGGGCCAGGAGUGGCAGAGGGUGGCCCGAGAGAACGAGGCCAUGGCCACGUCGAUGAGCAACGCGCUCGAGCAGCUGAAGGACAGCGCCUGUUGCAGGACCUCAAGCUCGUGCAGCAGCAAUGGGAAUGUUGGAGAAGACGACGCAGAGUCGUGCUGUCGCCUGACGACGAACGCGAAUUCGAACAGGGAGAGUCGUAAACCGGGAAUUAGUGACAAGGGCGCCGGGAUUUGUAGGAGCUGCAACGCGAGAGAGUCGUCGGUGCUGUUCAUGCCUUGCAGGCACAUCGGAUGCUGCAUGGUGUGCGAGCCUCUCCUGGGUUCUUGUCCCGUGUGCAGAACGGUGAAGAAAGCUAGCGAGGUGGUUUUGUUUUUCUAGGAUUUCUUCUUCUGUUUUUUUUUUUUUUUUUUUUUUCCUGGGUUGUUAUUAUUCGUUAGUUUAUUUUCAUUUUUUUCAUCUUAUAUCUUGGUGAAUUCUAGAGAGCUAGGGUUUAGAUUGUGUGAGACUGAUGGUGGAGCAAAAGGGCCUUUUUGAGAUGGAUGGUGAAACUGAUCAUUUUCUGUAUUAGAUAAUCUAAUUUUUUCAUUCUUUUCAAACAA